UUUUCAUCCCUACAUCUUCUUCUUCUCGUUAGCAUAAUCAUCUUCAUAUCCCCUCCCCUCUCUCGCUCUCUUUCUCUCUAAUAUUUUUAGCUUAUUGUUGGGUGUUUGGGUGUCAACUCAGAGAGAGAGAGAGGAUUACGUACUUACUUGCUCAUAUCAACAUGGUGGCGGCUGUAGACAUAACAAUCGCCGGAUGGUUCGUCUCCGCUGUCUUGGGGAAGCUCCUGGAAGGCACCAUCUACUUAGCGAAGGAGAGGAAAUGGCGGAGCGCCAUGCGCGCCGAGCUCGACCGGCUCGAGAAGGCGCGCCAGGACGCCGACAGCCUCCUCGACGAAUUGGAACUCCACAAACUCCAAGAACAAGCCGCCGCCAACACCGCCGCCAACGUCGCGGAGGCUCUGCGCAGAUUUAGACGACAUAAUUUUAGCUGCGAUCCCUUCCGGAGAAGGUUGACGGACGUCGUGCGGAAAUUCGACGAGAUCGCGGCCGGCGUCGACCCGUUCGUUCAGCUGAUCAGGAGCUCAGCUGGCGUCAGCGGCCGCAGGAGAAGCAGCACAGAGUACGACCGGGAGACCGGCUCCUUACAGACGGAGAACGACAUGUUCGGUCGGGUUAAGGAGAAAGAAGAGAUCGUGCGCUGGCUGACCUCGUCGACGGGGUCUAAUGCCAGAAGCAGCAGUGCUGUUUCUCUUUUCUCAGUCGUCGGUAUCGGUGGGCUGGGCAAGACGGCGCUCGCGCAGCUCGUGUACAAUGAUGCAGAAGUGGUGGGACGUUUCGAAUUGAUGAUGUGGGUCUGCGUGUCUAACAACGCUUUCGACUGCACGGCCGUGGGGAAAAAGAUCCUGGAAUCGGCGACUGGAGCGCGGCACGAUGUCGAGACCCUUGACGCAGUGCAGAAGAAUCUCAUGGUGACGAACAAGAGGUUUCUCCUGGUGCUGGACGACGUGUGGAACGAUCAGGUGCUUGCCGGAUGGGAGGGGCUGUUCGCGCCUCUGCGAUCCGGGAUGGAAGGAAGCAAGAUCUUGCUGACGACCAGAAUGAGAUCGGUGGCGGAAAUGGCGGCGAAAGCAUUAGGGAAGGAAAUGCCGGAGUGCAUGAAUUUGGAGGGACUAGAUGACAGUGACUGCCUGCUGCUUCUCAACAAGCAUGCAUUUCGCGGUGUGAACCCGGAUAAUCAUAAAUUGCUGCAGUCGAUCGGCGAGAAAAUAGCAAAAAAGCUGCGGGGCGUGCCGCUAGCAGUGAAGACUGUAGGAGGGAUAUUGAACGACGACUUACGAGACGAGCAUUGGACGAGGAUCUUGGAAGUUGGGGCGCUGAAUUCGGAGCAGGGAAGCGACGGAAUCAUGCCGAUUCUCAGGUUGAGUUACGAGCACCUCCCUACGCACCUGCGACGCUGCUUCCGGCACUGCAGCAUAUUUCCUGAGGAUUUUCAGUUCCGUAAGGAAAAUUUGGUCCCGAUGUGGGUGGCCGUCGGUCUGAUUCCGGACGGAACGGAAAGACCGGAGGAUGUAGGGAGCAGGUACUUCGAGAGCCUCGUGAGAAAAUCUUUCUUCGAUCCGAAGGACUUGCACUAUGUCAUGCACGAUCUUCUUCAUGAGCUUGCGCAAAUUGUUUCUGCAGAUGAAUGCCUGAGAAUUGCGGGCGAUUCACCUGUAGAGAUUCCGAAGAGCCUUCGGCAUUUGUCUAUACAGGCAAAUGAUUUGUCGGUGCUCCGGAAUGUGCCUCCUUUAACAAAUUUGCGCACCCUUUUCCUGCAUUGUGAUGCAGAUAAUCCCAAAUUGGAUGUUGCUAUUGAUGGAAUGCUUUCUGGCUUAACAAACCUGCGCCUGUUGCAAUUGUCCGCAAAGUACCUGCACAUGUUUCCUGGCUCAGCCCGCCGCCUUAUCCAUCUUCGCUACUUGAGCAUAGGACAAACUUGUAUAAGUGGUCUGCCGCGAUUCGUAUGCAGGCUCUAUCACUUGCAAGGCCUUGAUCUCAAAUCGAAUUCCUGCUUCCAAGUCUCUCAAGGUGUGCCCGUAGAUAUCUGCAACCUGAUGAAUCUGCGAAUCCUGUCCGUGCCCUCCAUUCAAUCGUUACCGAGGAUAGGAAAACUUACUUCUCUUCAAGCAUUGAUAUGGUUCAGCAUUGAAGACAAAGCUGGACACCGGAUAACUGAGCUAGGAAAGAUGACGGGACUGCGCGAGCUGAUGAUCACAAAUCUUGAGAAGGUGAAAAGCGCCGAAGAAGCUGCCGGGGCCAAUUUGAGCAAAAAGGAGCAGCUUUCUCUGCUUUCACUUCGGUGGGGCACAGCUCCACGCGACGAUGAAUCAGACGAGCAAUUGCUCGAUCACCUCCGACCGCAUUCGAAUCUCAAGCAUCUGGAGAUCCAUGGCUACAACGGCCGGAGGUCGCUGCAUUGGAUGAGAAACGAAUACACCCCUCGUUUAGCUCACAUUCGCAUCUCAGGUUGCGCUCGGUUGGAAAUCCUUCCUCCUUUUGGGCAGCUUCCCUACCUCAAAGUUCUUAUUCUCGAUAACUUGGAGGCAGUUAAGCAACUCGGUCCAGAAUUUUACGGCGCUCAUGGAGUUAGCAGUGCUUUCCCAUCUCUAGGAACGCUACAGUUGAACCGGAUGACGGGACUGGAGAACUGGGACGGAGGCGUGGAGGACGAUCAAUGGUUUCCUUGCUUGAACAAGCUCGGGGUCGCCAGAUGCCCAAGGCUAAGUGCACUGCCUCCUAUUCCGAUUUGUCUCCGAGAGCUUGAACUGAAUUUUUUGGAAAUAACCACUCUUCCAAAAGUUUGGGUGCCGAAUCAAACUAGCCGUCAUCAUAUAUCAUCACCGCCGUCAUCCCUUUCCUCCGUUGUUAUUGUCGAAUGCUCCAAGCUAAAAUCACUAUCACAAGGAUUGUUCGGGCACCCGGAACGUUUGUUAUGUCUAGAGAAUCUUAGCAUCCAGAAUUGUGCCGAGCUGGUACAUUCACCCGCGGAAGGAUUUGCGAAUGUCGUCAAGCUUAAGCGCUUCGCAAUCCAAGGAUGCAAGAAGCUUCUGCUGCUGCCGGCGAUACCCGGCAGCUUCCUACCUCCGUCACUUCAAUACCUUAAUCUGAGUUCCCCCGGCGGUCUCGACGCGUCGUUGCGUCACUUACUGCACGGCCUCGCAUCUCUCUCUUCCCUGAAGCUAUCUCAUUGCACGAACCUCACAUCCUUUCCUUCGGGCGACGUCCUUCGAACAUUGCGUACGCUGAGCUCACUGUCGCUUCAAAAGUGUCACGAGCUGGUGUCCUUAGAUGGUUUGCAAUUCCUCCCUUCCCUCAAAACCUUGGAAAUUAAGGAGUGCCACAAGCUCAUACCAGAAGCAGAAGCAGAAGUCGAAGCAUCGUCGCCAAUGUUAGUUGAGGUGCCUUCAUUGGCACUCGAUAGGCUCGAUGUAGACGACCCUUCGAUGUUGCUAGUGGUGCCAUUAAGAAGCCUAACCUCCACCAGAUCUGUACACAUACGCGGCUGCUCACACAUUUCUGCAGUAACUGAAAGUUGGUUGUCGCAAAACCGGGCCUCCCUCCAAUCGCUAGUAUUGGACGGUGGGGUCUCGCUGCAGUCGCUGCCUGAUACCUUGCAAAGCCUCUCGUUGCUACGAUAUUUGGCCCUGCAAAAUGCAGGCCAGCUCCAGAGCCUUCCACUACUGCCGCGGUCACUGAAGACUUUAAACAUCUCUGGCUGUUGUCCAGAAUUGGCGGAGAAUUGCAAGACGGAGAGUGGAUCAGAUUGGCACAAAAUUGCACAUAUCUCAGAUAUAACUAUUUCACCGAUAAGUUCGCCAUCUAGCAGUCAUUGCGUAGCCCUAACGGUCGCGGGAUGGUUCGUGUCGUCGAUCAUCGGGAAGCUCAUCGACGGCGCCCUCGCCUACGUCAAAGACCACAAGCAAUGGCGCAGCGCCAUGGCCGCCGAGCUCAAGAGGUUGGAGAUGGCGCGGCCCCAGAUCGAAGGCCUCGUCGACGCGGCCGAGAACGGCGGCCUCAGUGUCCCGAGCCCCGCUCUCGAGCGAUGGCUGUGGCAGCUCAAAGACGCCGUGGAGGAUGCCGACAACCUAUUCGACGAAAUGUCUCACCGAACCAUCGAACAAGAAUCCGCCACAUCCCGCUCCAAGUGGCACGCUCUGCCGUUCUCUAAGCGAACCACCGCAUCCGGUCUGAUCUUAGAGAGGUUGAGGGAGGUCGUGAAGCGAUUCGACGACCUCGUGUCCAGGGUAGGCGCUUUUGCACAUAUCGUCGGGAGCUUACGAGAUGGACGCACCGCGCGGAGGGUGCUGCGGAGGUAUGAGAUCGAAGGAGGACCCGGGACGGGCUCCUUGUUGGCGGCGGGUGAGGUGCUCGGCCGAGAUAAUGAGCGGACAGGGCUCAUGCUCCGGUUGACUGGGCCGGCAGUUUGCGAGGACGGAUCGAAUUGCGGGGGAAUUUCUGUUGUCUCUGUUUUAGGCAUUGGCGGGGUCGGGAAGACCGCGCUCUCGCAGGACAUCUUUGAAGAUCGAGAACCGACGGGCAUCUUGAAGAAAAUGUGGGAAUCGGCAACCAAAGCAAAGACCGAUGUCGAGACCCUCGAUUCGAUACAAAGGAAUCUCAAGGAGAAGUUGAUGAACAAGAAGUUUUUAUUGGUAUUGGAUGAUGUGUGGAAUGAUCAGGAUGAAACCGCAUGGGAUAAUGUAAUGGCUCUGUUAAGAUAUGGGCGGAGCAGAAGCAAAAUCUUUCUGACGACUAGAAUGAGAUUGGUAGUAGAAAUGGUUGGGUGGUCGGUGGCUGGGGAGAUGAGUGAGCCCUUGAAUUUGAAGGGCUUAGAAGAGAACGACUACUUAAUGCUUUUCAAUAAAUAUGCAUUUGGUGGAGCAAACCCUGGCAAUCAUAAAAAGUUGCAAAUUAUAGCCAAAGAAAUACCUAAGAAGCUCAGAGGAAUACCGCUAGCGUUAGAACAGGGAAAUGAUGGCAUCAUGCCGAUUCUUAGGUUGAGUUACCAACACCUACCAGCAGAAUUGCAGCAAUGCUUCCGUUACUGCAGCAUAUUUCCCCAAAAUUAUGAGUUUAAGAAAGAAGAGUUGGUCCAUAUGUGGAUGGCUGUCAGUCUAAUUGAGCAAAAUCCAAAUGAAGAGGAGAGACCAGAGGACAUAGGAGGCGGGUACUUCGAGAGUCUAGUGAGAAAAUCUUUCUUCGAACAUAAACACUCAUACUAUGUCAAGCAUGAUCUCCUUCACGGCCUUGCACGGUUUGUUUCUGCGAAUGAAUGCUUGAGCGUUGUAGGCAAUUUGCAUGUACAGAUCCCAGAAUCUGUCCGACAUCUGUCUGUAAAGACGGAUGACUUAUCGGUGAUUAAAAUGAUACCACAGCUACAGUAUUUGCGAACCCUUUUGCUACAUUGCGACCGAAAUGAUCCUCAAUUAGAUAAUGUAGUUGGUGAUAUGCUCAAAGGCUUGACAAACCUGCGCCUGUUGGGAUUGUUUACCAAGUUCAUGCUCGUGCUUCCAGACUCGAUUGGGGACCUUAUCCACCAUCGAUACUUGCAUAUAGGCCGAAAUAAUGUAAGUAAAUUACCCCCUUCUGUAUGUAGGCUUUAUCACUUGCAAGCUCUUUAUGUCCAAUCGAACAUCAGCUACAAAUUCUCUAAGGACAGUAUACCAGCAGAUAUCAACAACCUGAUUAAAUUACGAUCUAUCUCUUCAGAGGUAAUUCCCAUGAUACCGAAGAUCGGAAAACUCACUUCUCUUGAAGUGCUCAUUGGCUUCAGCGUCAAAGAGGAGGCUGGAUACAGGAUAACCGAGCUAGAGAAAAUGUCAGAAUUGCGUGAACUGAAAGUCCACAAUCUUGAGAAUGUAAAAAGUCCCCAAGAAGCUGCCAAGGCCAAGUUGAAUUCAAAGGCACACCUCGCUUCCCUGUCAUUACAGUGGAAUUCAUUACGUAAUGUAACAGAAGAUGGUGUUAGUUUGGAUAAGCAAUUGCUUGAUUGCCUCCAACCACAUUCUAACCUCAAGCAUUUGAGAAUGUUUGGCUACAAAGGCAAGAGAUCGCCGCAUUGGAUGGUGGCUCACUCGCUCCCUUCUCUAACUUCUGUCUGCUUAGAACGUUGUGAUAUGUGGGAAACCCUUCCCCCUUUUGGAGAUCUUCCCUUUCUUAAACCUCUUAUACUUACAGAAAUGAAAGCCGUUAAGCAAAUCGGUCUGCAAUUCUACGGGACCGGUGGAGUUAAUAGUGCUUUUCCGUCGUUAGAGCUGCUUCAGUUUGAAAAUAUGGAAGGAUUAAAACACUGGUACGGAGGCAUAGAGGAUGAGCAGUGUUUUCCUUGCUUGAGUAGGCUUGUGGUAACUGGCUGUCCGAAGCUAAGGCGAUUGCCUCCUUUACCCCUGAGUCUCAAAGAGCUCCAUAUAGGUUUUCUGGAAAUAACCGCCCUUCCACGACUUUGGACGCCGCCAAAUCAAAGCCACAGGAACAUGUCAUCACCAUCGUUUCUUUCGUCCAUAUCUAUUGUUCGGUGUUCAAAUCUAAAGUCAUUAGCCGAAGGGUUGUUCCAGGAUCCCGAACGUCUUAUUCUUCUUGAGGAUCUUACAAUCCGGGAUUGCUGCGAGCUGGUGCAUUUACCGGUGGAAGGGUUUGAAAAGUUUGUCAGCCUUAAACGGCUCUCAAUCCGAUCGUCCGAGAAACUUUUGCUGCUACCAAUGAUUCCUGACAACUUCCUGCCUCCAUCCAUCCACUACCUUACUUUGCAAUCCUGUGGUGAUCUUGAUGUGUCGCUACCUCGCUUACUGCAUGGCCUAACAUCUCUCUCUUUCCUAAAGCUAGCCCACUGUUUGAACCUCACGUCCUUGCCCUCAAGCGACAUACUCCAAAGAUUGACUGCAUUAACCUUGUUGAUGAUUCAAAAUUGUCGAGAGUUGACAUCACUGGGGGGAUUAGAGUUCCUCCCCUCCCUAAAAAUCUUGGAAAUUACAGAAUGCCGCAAGCUUGUCGGAGUAGCAGUAGCUGAAGCAGAAGCAUUGUCGCUGAGGGCUGUGGAGGUGCCCUCUUUAGCACUUGACAGGCUCAACAUAGAUGACCCGUCACUACUGCUACUUGAACCAUUGAGAAGCCUGACCUCAAUCAAAUCUGUGUACAUUAGGGACUGUUCGCACAUUCUGGCCUUACCCGAUCGGUGGUUGCUGCAAAACCGAGCUACGCUUCAGGUGCUAGCGUUGUACAAUGCAGUCUUAUUGCAGUCAUUGCCUGAUAGCUUGCAGUGCCUCUCGUCCUUACGGCUUUUGGUUCUGCAGGAUUUCCGCCAGCUACAGAAGCUUCCAGAGCUGCCGCGAUCCCUAAAGACUUUAGACAUCUCUGUCUGUCACCCGGCCUUGUUCGAGAGCUGCAAGAGAGAUGGUGGCUCGGACUGGCACAAAAUCGCGCACGUGUCGGAUGUGAAUAUUGUUCCAAUGAAUAUUGUUCCAAUCUUAUGGGCCUAACAGACUUGAGAUGGCUCUUCGACAUCGGUUCUUCCUUUUAUUUUCUCCUGAUGUUCACUAUUUUUUUUUCACUCUCUCAGACAAAGUGUCUAAUGUUCUCUUCUAACAUUUUCAGCUGUAAACUAUUUGGAAAUAGACCAGUCAAUGCUAUUUUUUUCUUUUCUUUUUCCUCCA